UGAAAAGGGUGGGAGCCGAGGAGGAGCGGAGGAAGAGGAACAGAAAGGGGGUGACCUGUUGCGGGUUCAGGAGGUAACCAGGUAGUGUGAGGGAGGGAGACACAGCCUUUUUCCUCGCGUAGUAUAUACAGCUGGUCGGCGAGCGAGCCCAGUUAGUUGGGUUCCCAGAGUGAGCGGGGAAGCACGUCGCCACACGCCUGCGAUCGACGCUGCCACGCUUCUCGGGCUUUCGGUGUAAGAUAAAAAGAGAUAUAAGAAAAAAAAAGAUAAAGAAAACCCAUCAUAAGUGAUUUCGGAAAGUGUGGCGUCAUGAUCUGAAGAGAAAGAUUCGCAAGUUGUACGGAUAGGCCGUGGCGGUAGGCCUACCUGGAUGGUGAAACUGGUGGCCGUUGUUACCGAUCCCAAAGAGAGUGAAUAUUACGGAUAAAAAAAAGUGGCCGGAUGUAAUUCUGCUCUUCGUUGUUGUUAAUCGAAGCCUAGUGGAUAUUUCUCGUGACAACAACCCGACUUGAUUGAGAAAGAAAAAGCAAAGAAAGUGAGAGAGAAAAGGAAAGAAGAGAGAUAAAGGAUAAAGAAUAUAAAAAAACACGACAGAAUAAUGGAGAUCAGCCGCCUAUAACCACCCAAGGAAAAGCCAAAAUCCAAAAAAGAUAAUUCAGUGAAACCCGAAACGGGAAAACAGGGGAGUGAAAAGUCGAAAAAAAAAGUCUCUGAAAAAAAUAAUAAAAUUCCCCAAAGGGCACAAUGCGGUUGUUAACGAUGAUGGUGUUGAUGAUGGCCAUGGUGGUUAUGGUGCUGAGUGACGGCGUGUCCUCGGGGCGGGCAGGUGGAGGAGGAGUAGGUGGAGGAGGAGGUGGAGGCGGUGGAGGAGGAGGUGGAAGUAGGAGAGGAUUUGAAGCCGGUAUGACCAGGGAUCUGACGAUGAAACUUCGACUUGUGGACAACGGGUAUGACGACGUGGUGGUCAAGAUUGACGAGGAUAUACCGGCGACCUGGUGUAACGGCAUCUUCCUCGGGUUACAGGUCGCGUGGUGGUGCACGAAUGGGCGAAAUACCGAUGGGGUGUCUAUGAGGAAUUCGGCCAUCCUGAAGAUCCUCUGUACCCCGCCUUCCACCGCACGCCCACGAACCCCCACACCCCAACGGGCUGCUCGAACGUCCCCGUCCAAGGAUCUAUGGCAUCAUGCGACAACCCCCGCGACCCCGCUUGCAGAUUCUCCCCGAGCUACAACAACAACGACGGCGUGACGUCAUCGCUCAUGUACAUGCACCACCUGCCUCACGUCACGCACUUCUGCUCCAACGCCACCCACGACACGACGGCGCCCAACCGGCAGAAACGCCCUCUGCCGCCACCGCUCCGUGCUGGACGUCUUCCUGACACGAGCGACUUCGCCGACCGGAAAGUCGGAGAGUUUCUCUCAACCCCACCUGGUGACAACACUCGUGACGUCACACCCAAGUUCACCUUCAUUCAGCCAGUUCCCACGCGUUACGUCAUCGUUGUGGAGGACACGGCCAUAAUGAACAUCCAGACUCCCUUCCUACAUGUAAGGAGCUCAGCGCAGCACAACUUGCAAGGCCAAAGGAAGUGCACUGACUCAGGCAAACUUCUCCUUAAACAAGAGGGUUUGGAUGUAAUAAUUACAAACUUGGUCAGGGGGAACUUUAGCGAAAUUUCGAAGGAUCUAUAG